GAAGUCGGAGCAGGUGUCGCGUUCAUUGUCGUGUCGCGUUCCUGGCAUUCACGGGGAACGUUGAAAGGCACUGUGAAAAAUAUAAUUAAAAAAAGAAAACAAGUAUCGAUUCGUCUACGAGUAUUCUCAAUCGAAUGUAAAGCGUUCGAAUAGUUUGAUAAAUAUUUAACCAGGAUAGCUUACCCUGGAUUACUAAGGAUGGUUAAUUGUUAAAGGCGAGAAGUGCGAGGCGAAAUCUGAACAGCGAUGGAAUUCAGAUGGAAUUGUUUUCAGUGGAUUGCAAUCAUCGAAUAGAGUUGGAGUAAUCAUAAAAUAGAGUUUGAGGAAGGUUUCGAUACGAGUAUCUAAAAAUGAAUGUGUUCGUCUCCACCAUCGUGACCAUAUGUGUUUCGAUCGCAUCCGUCGAAUGCAUUCCGGAAUUGCAGUUACUGCACGUCGUGUUCGCGCACAAAACGUACGCGCCAAUUUCUGACAUAAUAAAUAGCAACGGUACGAAUUUACCAGCCCAAUUAACUUACGAAUACUUCAGCUCCGCUCCAUUCAACAUGCCCGACACUGGAAGGCUCAACAUGUACAAUUUAGGUGUCCAUCUGCGCGAAGUAUAUGGACAACUAUUGGGGGAUAUUUUCACGACGGAAGUGAUGAAAAUGCAUACAACAGAGUAUCCACUGUCGAUGAUGUCCGCUCAAUUAGUGAAUGCGGGACUCUGGCCUCCAGCGGAAAGCCAAGUAUGGAACAGCGAUUUAAAUUGGCAGCCGAUACCCACAGAAUACGUAUCCAUCGAUAAAGACACUUUAUUACUCGGGACGCGGUGUCCAAAUUUUAUUUCUGAAAUGAAGAGAGUAUUGAGUACACCUGAAAUGCAACGUACAAUGUUGCAUUAUUUGCCUUUAUUCAAUUACGUAUCUAAACAUUCUGGAAUGGAAAUAAAAGAACCGUUUGAAGCAGCUCUUUUGUAUGCGACUCUCGAGACGAAGGCUGAUCUGAAUCAAUCCCUUCCCGAUUGGGCCGAGGAAAUCUUUCCCCAUGGAAGUUUGUACAACGUUACGCUCUUGGAGUACGAUCUUCUUUCGCAAACUAAACUGCAGAGGCAACUAAAUGGUGGAACAAUUAUAAAAGAAAUCUUAGCGAAUACGUUGGAUUACAUUCAGGAAAACAUACCAGAAGAACGAAAACUUAUGAUAUACAGUGGCAACGAUAGAAACAUUGCUGCUGUGUUGAAGAGCCUGAAUUUGUGGUCACCACAUAUUCCCAACGAGGGAGCUUCUGUGAUCUUUGAAUUGUAUUUUGAUAACGAAACACAGAGCCAUGGAAUAAAGAUAAAUUAUUAUACCGGUGUUGAAGGGGAUACCAUACUUCUGACGAUGCCCAACUGCACAAAAAUUUGUCCGCUACAAACAUUUUUGAAUUCUGUUUAUGAUGUGCUGCCAAAAAGUGCGGAAUUGUUGUGCAACUGGAGACAUGCUGGUGAUGAAACAUUAUUGGAAAGUACUGUUUAUGGUUCAUCCGAGUCUCAUAAAUUAAGUAGCGUUAUAAUUUUGUUUUCAUUUAUAAUUAUAUCGUUUCUGCACUAACCAAUCGACCUAUUCUGUAGAUACUUUAAAUGGAAGUAUACAAUUAUUUCCAAGGAAAUAUCUAAAUUAUUGUAUCCAAACUGUUAUUUAUAAUUCCAUUAAAAAUAUGUUUAAAUUCUUGCAAUAACCUCACAACAAAUAAUUGCCAGUAACAUUUGAAUGUUUUUAAUAACAAUUAUAUCAGUAUUUGUGUCAUUUAAUAUAAUCAUGGAAGACAAUAUAAUCUCACUUUGUGAACAUUCUUAUAAUAUAAAUAAGUUUAGUUUUAAGACCAUAGUCCAGUUCUCUUUCUAUUUUAGUUUUAUUUAGUAUUUUAGUAUUUAUUUAGUAUUUUAGUUUUUUAAUCUUGUGGUAAUCUUCUAUUUCAAUUAAAUUUUGUUUUCUAGACCA